UGACAUCAAUGACAAUAUAGCAUGUUGUUCUAUUCGUUUUUCAAGUCUCUUGUUGGAAAGGAGGUUAUAGUUGAGUUGAAAAAUGAGCUUAGCGUCUGUGGAACGUUGCAUUCAGUUGAUCAGUUUCUGAAUAUCAAGCUGACUGACAUUACAGUGCCAGACCCAGAGAAAUACCCACACAUGCUGUCUGUAAAGAACUGUUUCAUCCGAGGAUCUGUUGUUCGAUAUGUCCAGCUUCCAGCAGAAGAGGUAGAUACAUCGUUGCUACAAGAUGCGGCAAGGAAAGAAGCAGCACAGAGCAAACAGUCAUAGUGUUGGUUUGGUUAUUCUUCAACUUACUCAAAGCAUUAGCAAUACAGUAGGGCAUUUUAGUGGUUAAUUACUGGGCACAGUAAAUUGUAACUUCAACAGGUUAAAUAAUCACGCUGCUA